GGGUUAAGGGGAAAAAAAAACAGGUCGCCGAUUGCCUAGACAAGCCCGGAACUGGUGCUGUGGUGUGUUUCCUUUUCCUGCCCUCCCCCUUCUUGGUUUGCCAGGCUGGAAACAGCAGCAGAAGGGAGGCAACAACAGAAGCAGCCUUUCCCUCCCCUUCUGCAGGACCUAAACUUGGACCUUUGGGAAAGGUUUGCACGUUUCCAGAGCCUGCAGCUGGAAGACCUGGAAAGUGGAUCAGGGGAAAGAGAUCAGGAGGGGAGCAAGAGUUGGAAAAGGGGGAGAAGGUGCACAGGAAAUAACAGAAAUUGCCAGGCUCAUUAAGCUCAUCAAGCUUUUAGCUCAUUAAAGCCAUGCAGAUCUUUGCUUGGAAUAUGGCACCUCCUCUGUUAGAUUGGUAGGAGACAGUGGCUCUGAACGUGGAUGCUUUUCUUGCCACGGGGUGAAUACAUGGGACUCUUUUUGCCAUCUCAUUGUGCUAUUAAGACACUUUGAGGUUUCUGUGGGGCUUCUUAAGGAAACAUUCCUGACCCCAUUCCUCUCUGCACACUUCCCCAGCGCUGGUGUGAUCACCUCUUCCCUGGCCAUCCAGAAGAACGAGGCUGGAUACAACGUCCCUCUCCCUGGAGAUCAGGCGAAAGCCACUUGGGUGGCAUCCGAGAUGGCGAUGGGAAGAGGGGAAACGACUGUCCUUCACCUUCAGCUCCGGGGUGCUCCAGAACGAGGGUUGCAGCCGCCCCUGAAAACAGAGGAGCGAGACCCAUCUGGGCAUGAAGCGGUGCCACGUUUGCCCCCAGCCGGUUCCAUACAGGACUUUUUGGCCGGGGAAUCACAACAGGUGAAGCAAGAACCAGACGAAGGGCUACAGCAACAGCAGCGGCAACCCCAACCCCCACCCCCAUCACAGCAACACAACUGGGAAUCUCAAAGACAGGAGUUUUCCAAGGCGGUCCAAUAUCCCCAGUCUGGAUGGAGAAACCCACCAAUGCACAAGUCCCUGCCGUGGGACACAAAUUCAUUUCCAUCUUCCUAUGAUGCUCCACUCAAUGCAAGCCAGUGGCCUUCUGGAGGAGGAUGGGUUCCUCAAGACUUCCCAGUCCUCAGCCGAGAUGCCCAAACCACUUACAGCGGGAAGGAGCAAAGGGAGCGAAGGAAUUAUGGGACUGUGAAAGAAGAGGUUCCCAAUGAGGAUGCGGUCACCUCGGAGAUCCGGCGCCAGCGCUUCCGGCACCACCGCUACCAGGAGACUGAGGGGCCCCGGGAAGUCUGCCGGCAGCUCCAAGAACUCUGCCGCCAGUGGCUGCGGCCGGAGCGGCACACCAAAGACCAGAUCUUGGAGGUGCUGAUUCUGGAGCAGUUCCUGACCGUCCUUCCUGUGGAGAUUCAGAACUGGGUCAGGGAACACGAGCCGGAGAGCUGUGCUCAAGCGGUCGCCUUGUCGGAAGAUUUCCUCAUGAGGCAGCGCGAUGCCCUGAGAAAAGAGCAGGCGCUGUGGACGUUCGAUGAGGUAGUGGCGAAUGCACCCUUGGUUCAGCAAAUGCCGUUUCCAGCCAUGACGCAGCAGGUCCAUUUUCCUGCCUUGGGUCUGCCGAUGCAAUACCCACCCAUGACCCAGCAGACCCUGUAUCCUGCGAUCGGCCAGCAAGCCCCAAACCCCAUCAUGUCAGAGAGGAUGCCGUUGCAUGCUGGGGGAACGCUACUCUGUCGGGAACCCAUGCCUGAGGGUGGAAGGAGCCUCAGGCCAUAUGGGCCUAUCCAGGAGUUUCGGAGGCCCCUAACGAAUGCCGAGCGGAUGCGCAACCGGCGGAUGCGCAAUCGGAAGCAGCGCCUGGAGACCAGCAUGCAGCUCGUGGAGUCAGCCUCGCGGGCGCCCUCGAUGCUUCUGGACGCCAUGCGUGGGCUGCACCACCAGGACCUGAAGGCCUUCGACCGGGCCAGGCAGGAGGAAUGGCAGCACCGCAAACAGGAAAGGCGCCAAGACCGAGCCACGUCCCAGUUGAUGGUCACCGCCCUUGAGCGCUCCCACAGUGACCUGGGGCAGUUCUUGGGGAGGCAAACUGAGACCAUGGCAGCCAUCGCGGCAGUGUUUGCCGGCCGGAGGUCUCCCUCGCAGGGAACUCACCAGGGACUCGGCUCUUACCCGGAUCGCAAUAAUCCGCCAGAAUCCAGAGCUCCGCUACAACCUGGCCAUGUGCCUGGUAUGCCUUCAGAGCCCACGUCUGGACCCAUAAUCCCAUGUCCGGUGCCUCCCUUGGCCAUACCUGGUGGUGUUUGCGAUCCCGUUCCUGAACCAUCCCUGACGGAUGGCCCUCAAGAGGAUGCAAAUCCUGACUCCCCAACGCCAUCUACUUCAGAUGCCACUUCACGGACCCUUGACGCAAGACCGAACCGAGGGACAAAAAGAAAGAUGAAAGGACGAGCUGUCGUAGAGGCUUUCCCCACUGUCAAAAUACUUGUAGGCGUUGUCCCCCAAGUGGAUCCUCUGAUGCUUGGUCAGGUAGGGUCUCCACCGGAAGCUCUCCCCGCACUGCAGGCACUUGUAGGGCUUCUCUCCUGUGUGGAUUCUCAGGUGUUCAGUAAGGGUGGAACGGCGGUUGAAGCUCCGACCACACUUGGGGCACUCGUAAGGCUUCUCCCCCGUAUGGAUGCGGAGAUGCGCAUUGAGGUGGGUGCUCUGGAAGAACCGCUUGCCACACGCCAGGCACUCGAACGGCUUCUCCCCCGUGUGGGUCCGGUGAUGCUUCACCAGUUCAAACUUGUACUGGAAGGCUUUGCCGCACUCGUGGCACACGUGCUUCUUUUCAACUUGCACAAUCUUAAGCUGGCUGACAUCAGUCACGUCGUUUCCAUCAGGGAGAGAUGCCGCUUCCGUCUUUAUCGGUUUCUCAAGCGGGGUCUCCACCGGAAGCUCUCUCCGCACUGGAGGCACUUGUACGGUUUCUCCCCCGUGUGGAUUCUCAGGUGUUCGUGGAACCAUCGGUCGCACUCGGGACACAUCAGCUUCUUCCGGCCCACGUGGAACAUGCUGCGCUUCGAAUUGGCUGCUCUCAAGUGCCUUGGCGGUGCAAUUGAUCCCUUGCAAGGGGGCCCUGCAGGCAGAAGAGGAAGAUUUCUACAAUUUUACAAGACUGUCCAAAUUUGGGUCUUGUUCAGAAGGGAAAUGGCUGCCGAGGAAGGUUCGAAAAGGUCCACGCCUGGGCACCCGAGGGUCAAAACGGAAGACCACGACCCCACGGGCCCCAAAAUAGCAGAAGGGGCAGAAAGGGCCAGCAAAUCACCUCGCGUCCUUCAAGUCGGGACCAUCAGGGAGUUCCUCAACUGGGCUGCUCCCCUCCAAGUCAAGGAGGAGCCCGAGGAAGGCUUGCCCGAACGCUGGGAAGCCCAGUGGCAGGAGUUCCUCGCUGCCAUGCAGUCCUCCCAUCUCGGGUGGGGAGGCCCACCGCUGACCGAAGACGUGGUGCCCUGGGGGGACAAUAAGGCCUUCUUUGCCUCCUUCGAACGCCUGGCUGGGACUUGCAAGCUUCCCCGGCAUGAAUGGUUGGCCCGCCUCUUGCCCGUGUUGAGCCGAGAGGCCAAGGAGGCCUACAGCAACCUCAGCGCCCGAGACCGCGGGGAAUACGGCAAGGUCAAGGCGGCCAUCUUGAAAGUGGACGCCAUCCGGAUGGAGACCCAGCGCCAGCGCUUCCGGCAGUUCCGCUUCCACGAGGCCAAGGGGCCCCGGGAGGUGUGCAGCCAGCUGCGGGAGCUGUGCCGCGGGUGGCUCAAGCCAGAGAAGCACACCAAGGAGCAGAUCUUGGACCUCCUUGUCCUGGAGCAGUUCCUGACCCUCUUGCCGCACGAAAUCCAGAGCUGGGUCAGGGAGCACGACCCGGAGACCUGCGCCCAGGCGGUGCCCCUGGCAGAAGCGUUCAUGCUGAAGCGCCGGGAGACAGAGAGGAAGGAAAGACAGACACUGGAAGCCCGGUUUGUGAGCAGGUCUGAGUCGAGAGCGUCUUCCUUUGGUGCCGGGCUGAAGCGGAUCUGCAGAGAGGUGAAGCAAGAAAGCAUAAGAGUUCUGGAUUCAAGUGACUCCGGUAGUGACUAUGGGGAGAAGAAGGCAAUUCGUAGCACAGAGAAUGGUCUGAAAAGUCCUGGCAGAGCUCAGCUGAGUCCAAGGAGCUUCCUCCAGAUCCCUGAGGCGAGGAAAAUGUUCCACCAGAGCCAGGCCCUCAUUAAACACCCGAGGGUCCACACAACCGAGAGCCCCCAUCAGUGUCCGGAUUGUGGCAAGCACUUCACCCAGCGCUCGAGCCUCACUAUCCACCGGAGGAUCCACACUGGGGAGAAGCCUUACCCUUGCCCUCAGUGCGGGAAGUGUUUCCGCCAGAGCUCCAACCUUCUCAAACACCAGAGAAUCCACUCGGGCGAGAAGCCGCACCAGUGUCCCGAGUGCGGGAAGUGUUUUGCGCAGCGCUCGAACCUCCUCAUCCACCAGCGGACCCACACAGGAGAGAUGCCCUACGUGUGCUCCGAAUGCGGGGCUUGUUUCAGCCAACACCGCGGCCUGGUCACUCACCAGCGGAUCCACAUGGAGGAGAUGCCGUACGGCUACGGCUGCCCAGAUUGCGGCAAAUGCUUCCAGCAGAAUUCGGAUCUCACAAAGCACUUGCGCGUCCACACGGGCGAGAAGCCGUACAGCUGCCCCGAAUGUGGCAAAAGCUUCAGCUACAGCUCCAACCUCAGCAAGCACCAAAGGAUUCACACGGGCGAGAAGCCGUACCUCUGCAACGUGUGCGGGAAGAGCUUCAGCCACUUGUCCACCCGCAACACACACCAGAGGGUCCACACGGGGGAGAGGCCCUACGGCUGCACCGAGUGCGGGAAGCGCUUCAUUUCCAGCUCCAAGCUCACAAGACACAUGCGGACUCACUCGAUCUACACCCCGUACAUCUGCAACGAAUGCGGGAGGAGCUUCAGUACCCACUCCAUGCUGACGGCGCAUCAGAGGAUCCACUCGGCUGAGGGCUACGAGGUGGGCGAUUCGUGGGAAGUGGCCGAACAGGGUCCGAGCAGCCACUUGGGCAGGUUGUCGCCGCUGUGAUGGACGCCUGUUCCGUUCCUUAUUGAUUUAGUCUGUCCCGGUCGUAUAUAGGUCCCUUGUGAUACUUAGAGGAAGGGUGCCAGGUCCCGAAAGUCUUGGAAACUGGAGGCCUGAAGUGUGCAGGCAGGAGGAUGAGAAGAAGGAAGGAUGGGAUAGGAUUAGUUUGGUGGUUUUGGAAAAUAGAGGUAGGCUGGGGAAACAAAAAUAAUAGGGUAGUGAGAGGGAUGGAAUCAAGGUUUCAGGCUUGUAUCGCCAGUUAGUUUUAGAAGGCAAAACCUAGUGCAGAAUAGAGGUAUUUUAUCACAAGCAGGCCUCAAGACCAGCUCUUUGUAGUAAUGCAUGUCCCACUGAAAUUUAGCACUGUGAGAACUAAAUAGAGCCUCCAGAUUCAGUAGCAGUAUACCUCUGACUACCAGUAGCUUGACAAUAAGCAGCAGGUGAAGGCAAUGGCCAAUCUCUGAGCUAGCUUUCUGGAGGCAGGACAGUAAAGAAGGAACAGCACUCAAAAACAGGGGAAUUCCAGACAAGAAACAAUCAGGGCCAGCUAAUCACCUCAACAAAAUCUGGCUGCCACUAUUUUUAAAAACUAAAAUCAGAACAGUAAAUAAAAAGCAACUCUCAAAAAACAGGAAUUCCAGACAAGAAUCAAUCAGGGCCAGCUAAUCACCUCAACAAAAUCUGGCUACCAAUAUUUUAAAAAAACUAAAAUCAAAACAGUAAAUAAAAAGCAACACGCAAAAAACAGGAAUUCCAGUCAAGAAUCAAUCAGGGCCAGCUAAUCACCUCAACAGGAAUUCCAGACAAGAAUCAGUUAGGACUAACUAAUCACCUCAACAAAAUCUGGCUACCAGUAUUUUAAAAAACUCUAAAAUCAGAACAGUAAAUAAAGAGCAACACCCAAAAAACAGGAAUUCCAGACAAGAAUCAAUCAGGGCCAGCUAAUCACCUCAACAAAAUCUGGCUACCAGUAUUUAAAAAAACCUCUAAAAUCAGAACAGUAAAUAAAAAGCAACGCCCCAAAAAACGGGAACUCCAGACAAGAACCAAUCAAGGCCAUCUAAUCACCUCAACAAAAUCUGGCUACCAAUAUUUAAAAACAGGAAAUAAACCAGAACAGUAAAUAAAAAGAAACACCAAAAAAACAGGAAUUCCAGACAAGAAUCAAUCAGAGCCAGCUAAUCACCUCCUAACAAAGGAUUCCCCCAGGCAGGAUACAGCCAAGCCUUGAAGCUGCAAGGCUGCAAGGCUAUUCAGUGCUAAUUAAGGUGAUCAAUUGCAACAUUCACACUUACUUCAAACAGUUCUUUCUCCCACCCUGGACAUUCGACAGAUAUAUAAACAUCCCUUGUCCUAGUUUCCAACAGACCUCACAACCUCUGAGGAUGCCUGCCAUAGAUGUGGGCAAAACGUCAGGAGAGAAUACUUCUAGAACAUUUUCAUACAGCCUGGAAAACUCACAGCAAUAAAUAAGGAGGAAACCAUGAAAAUGAAUGAAAUCUGGCUA